UUUCAUUGUAAGUGUAAUAGAGUACCUGCAGAGAUGUCGUCACACACAUCGAUUCGUGGAAGAAAAAGAAAAAUCGCUUGUAUUUAAAGAGGCCGCUUGCUCUCUACCCUUUAUUGAAUGGAAACCUGUCUUGCAGCACAACUACGUUCAACCUCACAUCAUUUGACCAAGCUACAACAACAAACCUCAACAACACAACAUGUCUUCUCAGCAGCCUACCACCUCUCAAGGCGGCCCCAAGGCCACCGGCGGCAUGUCUGGGGCCACCCCCACUCCCGCAAACGCCCACCUCGGGAAUGAGACUGGCGAGAAGCCCAAGGCUUUUGACUCUGAAGGUGCUAUUGGCAAGCAGUUCACUGCGACCGGCGCAAUCGGCCAAAUCGGCGAAGCAGUUGGCGGCCCUCUCUCCUCCUCUGGUGUGAUUGGCAAGCAGUUCACCGACCAGGGCGCCAUUGGCGGUACUGUUCAGGACACUCUUGGCGGUAAAAAGUAGAGGUAGAGCGGGACAGGGAUCUCCAAGUUGGAUGGACUCGAUCUAUAGAACAGACUUGAAAGAGAAGGAGUAAAUGGGGUGUGGAUGCCUUGAUCCCGGGAAGGGACGGGGUUGUAACAUUAUUAUGAUGAUGACUUAAUGACUCUAUUUUAUUGAACAUACAUACAAGCG